GCCUCGCGACGCCUCAGCACAACCCAAGAUAUACGCUCCCACAACUCCAAUGAGCAGCAAAAUGAAAUCCCGCUGGGCAGACGACGAAGAAGACGCAGCAGCGGAGAUACAGAGGAAGAAAGAGAAAGAAGAGAAGAAACGAGCCAAAGCUGAGAAACAACGAAAAGCAGACGAAGAAGCUGCCGCGCGAUUGCUCAAGCAACAACAAGCCGACGAAGCUGCUUCUGCCGCGAAAGAAGCCCACGAACAAGGACAAGAAGGAGGACUCCAAAGCGAUCUCUCAUCACGGCCUGCGAAACGGCGAAAAUUAUCACCAGAGCAGGAUGGCGAGGCUGAGUCCCAACCCACCCCUCAAGAAGCGAAAGGGAAAGACGAGCCCGCCAAACUCCUCCGCUUCUCAGCCCCGACUUGGAAGAAAUGCAGGAGUGUAGAAGAUUAUGAGAAAUUGAAUGAUAUCGAGGAGGGUGCCUAUGGGUGGGUGUCUCGCGCGAAGGAUACGCGGACGGGGGAGGUGGUUGCGCUGAAGAGGCUGAAGAUGGAUAAUGCGCAGGAUGGGAUUCCUGUUACUGGGUUGCGGGAGAUACAGACGUUGAGGGAUUGUUCGCAUCCGAAUAUCGUGGGGUUGAGGGAGGUGGUUGUGGGUGAGGAUACGAGGAAGAUUGAGAACAUCUUCCUCGUCCUCGACUUCCUCGAACACGACCUCAAAACCCUCCUCGAAGAAAUGCCCGAGCCCUUCCUAACCUCCGAGAUCAAAACCCUCCUCCUACAACUCACGCGAGGCGUAUCCUACCUCCACAACACCUGGAUCCUCCACCGCGAUCUCAAAACCUCCAACCUCCUCCUCAACAACCGCGGACAGCUCAAAAUCGCCGAUUUCGGAAUGGCGCGGUACUUCGGCGCCCCCAGUCCAAAACUCACACAAUUAGUCGUCACACUAUGGUACCGCGCCCCGGAACUCCUUCUCGGUACAGAGAGGUAUGGAACAGCGGUAGAUAUGUGGAGCGUAGGAUGUAUAUUCGGCGAACUCUUGACCAAAGAACCCCUCCUACAAGGAAAAAACGAAGUCGACGAACUCAGCAGAAUCUUCGAACUGUGCGGCAUUCCCACGGACGAGACCUGGCCAGGCUUCAAACGCCUCCCGAACGCACGCUCCUUGAAACUCCCUAAAAACCCCAUCUCGCAAGGCGCAGUAAUAAGAGCCAAAUUCCCAUUCCUGACUGCUGCGGGAGCAGAUCUUCUGACUAGAUUGCUGAGUCUGAAUCCGGAGGGGAGACCGACUGCGGAUCAGGUGCUGGGGGAUGUGUUUUUUAGGGAGGAUCCCAAGCCGAAGAGGGAGGAGAUGUUUCCUACUUUUCCGAGUAAGGCGGGGCAGGAGAAGAGGAGGAGGAGGGCGACGCCGAAUGCGCCUGUUAGGGGGGGAGCUGGGGGUGCGGGGAAGGGAUUUGGGGGGGUGGUUGAUUUUAGUGGAAUUUUUGAGGGGAGGGAGAUGGAGGAGAAGGGUGGAGGGUUUGCGUUGAAGUUGAUAUGAGAGGGCUUGAAGGGGUCUGGGGAUAAAGCAUGGGAUGCGAUGAGGAGUUGGGGGCGAGUUGAGUUGAGGUGAGGUGUUGGUGUAGGUCGGCUCGCUAAGCCGUUUUGUUGUUUGAAGGGAGCUCGCUUCGGCUGUGAGGACCUCUGAUCAUACCAUAUUGGAUCACAAACCAGCGCUUUCUCCUCUAUCUCUCCAAGUAAAAUAUAGACGGUAUAGUAUGCACUGCAUAUAGGUAUAGAAGCAUAGACGGACAACGGGCGAUAUACCGUAAAAUAUCAUUUCCUGUCUCAGUAGGCUACUUAGUACUCUAGAAAUCUCAAAUCUCACAAACCAACCCUCCC